AUGGUAGAAGAAGAAAAGAAGAACCUGAGAACCAAAGAAUUCGAUUUCAUGGUGAACAAGGAAGACAGAGUAUUCUACGACUACACCAAGACACAUUUGACUGAGUCUGAGACUGGUGAAAUCAAGAACAAGCUUAUUGAGCUGGAUUUAUGCAAAAGAAUAAUGGAAAUGCAUCUAGGAAGAAAUGUCAAUUUCACAGAGCAGUUGCCUGAAUUACACUAUUUGUUACGUGGUAAAGUGACUCCUAAUAAAGAUGCUGUUAAGAGUGAUUCAAGCAAAACGGAUUCAUUUGAUACAGAUGGAUUUAGAAAAGAAGUUGAAGGAGUUCUAGACGAAAUGAAGUCAUUUGAAGAAGAGUUCGAUAACCUGAGAUCAGCGACAGGAAGAAAGUUCAAGUACAUUUUCAACCUGGGAAUUGGUGGAUCUGAUCUAGGUCCAAAACUGAUCAAUUCGGCCCUCCAUUGCUACAAGAAGAGAACGGUCUACUUCUUCUCAAACGUAGACUCAUCCAAUCUGUUUCUACAACUUGAUUUAUUGCUAGAAGCAGGAGAGUCUCUCCAAGAAAUCAUGGAACAGUCAUUCUUCAUUGUUGUAAGCAAAAGUUGGACCACGACUGAGACAUUGAAUAACAUCAAUCUGAUUCUGGAAAUGUGUCAGACUGUCGGAAUUGAUAUCAAUGACGUCAUUGAAAAGCAGGUUGUAGCAGUCACAUCGAAAACAGACGCAUUUAUUGAUUUCCGGGAAUCAAAGGGAAUAAGAAUCAAAACAUUCAAAAUGGCUGAUUUCAUUUGUGGGAGAUAUUCACUGUGGUCUGCUGUUGGCCUAUCGAUUGUGCUAGGAAUUGGAUACGACAACUUCACCAGACUUCUAAAUGGAGCCCAUCAGGCUGAUAUUGAUUUCUUCACAAAUCAGAUUGAGAGUGUAGCAGUGCAUGCAGCCGUAGUUGAAAUCUACUACAACAAAAUCACCACCAAAUGCUAUGCAUCCUAUGACUCGCAUCUCAGUUUGCUUCCAUUUUAUCUACAACAGGCUGAAAUGGAAUCAAAUGGCAAAUUGUAUUCAAGGCAGAAGAUUGUUUGGGGUGGAAUUGGAACUGACGUACAACACUCCUUCUUCCAGUACUUGCACCAGAAUGAUAACAUAUCCUACUUGGAGAUGCUUGUUCCACUAGAAAACCAGUAUAUCAACAAAUAUCCAAAUAUGAUCAAUACAAUCAAAAAACACCAUGAUAUUCUGAUAUCAAACUGCUUAGCUCAAACCAAAACACACUGGUUUGGAAACAGUGCAAAUGCAGAUGAGACCAUUGAAGUAAUCACCAAUGAAUUCAAUAAGUCAUUUAAGAAUAAGGCAAUUGAUGAUCACGUGGAUAUCAAAUUGCUGAAGGAAUCAAUCACAUCAAAUACUGGCAUUGAUCUGUCUCAAAUAGUGAAGUCACCAAAUCACCUAAUUAGAGAAAUCAUCACAAAUGCAACAAAAAUGCACCAUAAGGGAAAUAGGCCAUCAACAACCAUCGCGUACACGAAGCUGUCACCAGAGGUGCUUGGUUUCAUUCUGGGAAUCUACGAGCACAAAAUAUUCGUAGAAGGCGUGUAUUGGGGCUGUUGUUCAUUUGAUCAAUUUGGAGUGAAAUUGGGUAAAAAGGCGGCAACUGAAAUUGAACAGAAUUCUGAGGGUGUUUCAAAGAAGUGGAUCAUCAGGUGA